AUGGCUUCCCCUCAAGCUGGUGACCCGAACGCGAACCUUACCCCUUCUGCUUCGCCGUCAGCGGUACCUGCCUCUUCAGUCAGCCCGGCAUUAAGCAUCUCGGCUUCCACGCAAGUCCGUCUCCCCCCAUUCUGGGCCCAUGAUCCCCUCCUCUGGUUUGUCCAGGUGGACAAUUUCUUCCACAUGCAACAUAUUGCAUCAGAAACCACCAAGUACCAGAACCUGGUUGAAAGUCUUUCCCCGUCCGCCGCCGCUGAGGUUUGGGACAUUCUCCUCGCGCCGGCGGCAGACAAACCCUAUUCAGUCCUCCGGGACGCUCUCGUUAAACGGCUCAUGUCAUCCCAGGAGCACCGUUUGCAGCAGGUGCUUUCAUCUGAAGAGCUCGGUGAUCGUCGGCCCACUCAAUUUCUCCGCCAUCUGCAGUUCCUUCUUGGCGACAAGGCAUCAUCUAUUCACCCUGCUAUCCUCAAGGAACUUUUCCUCCACAGACUCCCUCCUCAUGUACGUGUGUCAUUAGCAGCAUCGGGCGCCCUGUCCCUCUCAGAGCUAGCAGAACUCGCUGACCGCGUCCUGGACAUUGCCCCUCCCACCCUCGCCGCGAUGCCCUGCAAUCCGCAAUCUGAUGAUACCGAGCUCGCCUAG